UUGGAAUAUACAUGUCUAAAAUUAUCAUCAUCGAUGCUAAAAAAAUUGUAAAGGAAAAUUUAGUUGAACUACCAUAUAUGAAAAACUACUAUAUAUGAAAAAGUAUAGAAUACUCAACAAAGUAUUAGAAACAGAUUACUGAAGCAUGGAAAUUGAAAUAAUAUCAAGAGAAUUCAUCAAACCCUCAUCACCUACUCCUUCUCACCUUAAAAAAUUUCCCAUCUCUUUCAUAGAUCACAUUACUUUCCGUAACUAUGUGCCCCUACUUUUCUUUUACAAUGAUACCAAAGUUUGUGACCAAACAUCAAAAAUUUCAAACCUCAAGAAUUCCUUAGCUCAAAUUCUAUCUAUAUACUACCCCUUUGCAGGCAGGUUCAAAGAUCAACUUUCCAUCGAAUGUAACGAUCAAGGUGUGUCAUUUCUAGUCGCAAAUAUCAUAGGAACAAAAUUAUCGACAAUACUCCAAAAUCCAACUGAAAAUGUGCUUAACCCUUUGUUUCCCGAUGAAUUACAAUGGAAGAAAAUGGAUUGGAAUGAAAGUAUUUUAGUCAUUCAAAUCAAUUGUUUUGCAUGUGGAGGAUUCGUAAUAAGUGUUUGUGCUUGUCACAAAAUUAUUGAUGCUGCAACCGCUUUCAAUUUUAUGAACGAUUGGGCCAAACUGAACCGUGAAGAAGGAGAUUCAAAUUCAAAAUUUUCAUUACCCUACAAUUCACUUUAUGCGGGAGAUACCAUUUUUCCACAAGGGAAUUUGCCAAAUUUUCCGGAAGGCGAGUUUGUGAUAGACAAAACAAUAGUGUGCAAAAGAUUUGUGUUUGAAGCUUCUAAGAUAAAGUUACUUAAGAACAUGGUAAAUUUUGAUACACAUGCGGUGAAAAAUCCCACGCGUGUAGAAGUUGUCACGUCACUGAUUUACAAGUGUGUGGUUUCUGUAUUGGGAUUAAAUUACAAAACAACAUCACUUCGCAUGGCUGUAGAUCUUCGCAAAAGAAUGGUUCCUCCAUUGUCUCAAAAGUGUGUAGGAAACAUAGUUUGGUUCUUAUUUGUUAUGAACCCGGAAUUACAUGACUUGGUAUUCAAAAUUAGGCAAGGGUUGUGCGAGUUUCGUGAGGUUUAUCCAAAGAAAUUUGGAGGGAAAGAAAAAGACUUAUCAUUUAUUUUUGAGUGUCUAAAACAAGUUACUACUUCAGUGUCAGAGAGUAAUAGUAUUGAUCAAAGUUUGAUUAUGUAUGCUAGUUGGUGUAGGUUUCCAAUGUAUGAAGCUGAUUUUGGAUGGGGGAAACCGAUAUGGGUGACAACUAGUGCCUGUCCGGUAAAAAAUGCGAUAGUUUUGAUGGAUACAAGAGAUGGAGAUGGGAUUGAAGCGAUUGUGAAUAUGAAAGAAAAUGAUAUGAUUAUGUUUGAACAUGAAUUAGAGCUCCUUCAAUAUGCUUCUUUGAAUCCUAGUAUUAUUGUUGGACAUGAUGUAGCUAAUGGUUUCUAAGCUCAAGAGAUGUGUUGAUAUUGUCAUCUUGUCUUGUUAUAAAAAGAGAACUGCAUAAGUAAUCAAGUAUUAUUUGUAUAUUUGCAAUUGAAGUUAAGUGCUUAUUAAAAUAGUCCAAUGCUAAUGAGUGUCUAAUUAAGAUAUUGUUCAACAAGUUUACAAAAGAAAGUUCAUUUUAUGUCAUAAAAUACCUACCUUAGCUACGGUUUAUAUAGGUGAAUCUAUGGAAGGACAUCAUUGACUAAUUAUCAAAAUAGUCUUUUUUCCUAGUUUAGCCCGCGACAAAGUAUGUGUCGCUCAUGAUAAUCAACUUAAGGAAAAUAAACCAAAAAAAAAAAAAUAGAAAGAAAUUUUCAAAAGU